AUGGCUGCAAAGCUGCCACUAUUAUGUCUCCAACGCAUUUUUGAAGAAUUACUUCCAUUAGAUUUAACAACUUCUUAUUCUCACUUAUUCUCAUGUAUUUUAGUCAACCGACAUUGGUCUGACAUAGCAAUUUCAAUUUUAUGGAGACACCCUUUCGAACGUCAAUGGUGGUCUGAACCUGCGACAAAACUUCUUGAUAUUUAUAUUUCUCAUUUUCCUAAGGAAGAGAGAGAGUUAUUUAUUAAUGACAAAUUUAUUAUUAAAUAUGAAAAACAACCUUCCCAUGAUUAUGUAUCACAUCUUAGAUCGUUAAAAACAGAAAACCUUAGCUAUGCUACUACAAAUUGGUUGAGAAAUAAACCAAAUAUUUCCACUGAUUUUAAAAUAAUUUAUGAAACAUUUUGUCGAUUUUUUAUUCGUUAUGCUAGAAAUCUAGAAUUAUUGGAAUGUGAAACAAGCAAUAAGAUAAAUAUUUUUGAACUUUCUGGUGCUACAUCAAGUCUUUACAAAUUAAAAUCUUUGGUUGUUAUUGAUCAAGAUUAUCCAACUCGGUUAUUCGUUACAGCAUCCAAAGUUUCAAAGAAUGUUCGAACUCUCGACAUCACUAUUAGUAAUCAUAUACCAAGACUUGAUUUAGCUGCAUCUGAAAGAAUUAAUGAUCUUGUAAGUCUCGUACGUUCGCAAAAAUCUCUAGAAGAAUUUAUUCUGAUUAACGAACACCCAAAAUGUGGUCAAUGUGGAACACGAGAUCAAUCUGGUGUUUUAGAUUUUCGAAUAGUUUUUGAAUCAUUAAUUGAUCAUACUUCAACUUUAUCACGGGUUAAACUUGGGUGGGUUGAUUUUAAAGGAGAAUUUCCAUUUUUAUUACUAGCCGAAUGUACAAAUCUUCGAGAGUUGUAUUUUGAUCGAUGUCAAAACUUUGGUCGCAAAGAUUAUGAAGACAUCGAUUCUGAGUCAUUCGGAAAAUUGUUUAGACUUUCAAUCGAAUUAACUCCAUUCCCUACUUCGAUCCUUUGCAAGAUACUAAAGAAUGCUGGUAAAUCGUUGAAAUAUCUUCAAUUGGAUCAAAGAUCUCAUUCUCCUAUCAGAAAUAUCUUAAAAAAUACGAUACAAAGAUGUACCCUCAAUAAUCCAAAUCUUUUAAAAUUUUCAGCUUAUAUUCACACUUCCGAAGUUUCCAAUCUUCCUAAUUUCUUUUCAACAUGCCAAAAAUUAAUUAGUUUCGAAAUUUGGGAUAUAAAUACUUCACCCGAUAAUGACUUUCAACAAAUCUCUCAAUUAAGUGUCACAGACGUUGAAUCAAUACUUCCUCAAAUGUCCACAAAAUUUCCACCACAUUUAAUCGAAUUUAAGGUUAAUAUGAAUUGGAAAUUUUCUGAAAUUGCAUUGAUAGAAUUUAUUAGUAAAAUCAGAACAAGAAUCGAUUUUUUAGGACUUCGUUAUUGCAAUUGUUUUACAGAAGGACAUUUUAAAGCCUUGGUGGAACAUAUAAAGCCUCCUUUAAAAACUUUGGAUAUUAGACGGGGAGAUAACAGAGUUGGGGUUAUAUCACGGGAUUUAAUAAAAAAAUCAAAGAGGAUAAUUAACCAUGUUUUGAAAUAA